AUGACCAUGUAUUUCGUAACACAAUCUAUGUUAACCUAUAUCUCAGUAGUUUGGAGUUUACAGUUGGAGGAUGAGAGAGAACGUAUUGUGAAUGGAUUUAACAUUGGCGAUCAACAGCGAGGCAUCGAAUGGAAAUAUAACAGGACGCCGUUCUGGUCAUUCAACCUUAAACGGUCGUUUAUUCUCAUCGAAUUCGAUGCUUCCUCGCGUAUGAGUUUACCAAAUGUCAUACAUUUUAAGUUUUAA